AUGGUCUGGGUUGACUCGGUUCAGAACCCGUUUCGCCAACUAAUCAUUCCUCUGGCACUCCAAUCGCCCGCGCUUAUGAUGGCGAUACUAUCAUUCGCUGCCGGAGACAUGUGGACCCGGUCACAGUCGAUUCUGGACCCCAUGUCGGGUUCCUACCGACUCAUGAAACGAUAUCAUCAAGGAGUCUUGAGCCUUCUGGCCAAGCACAUGAAAGACGAGAACGAGCAGAAACGGGGAUUGCCUGACCCUGCCCCAUCCAAGGAUUAUGCAAGUCCAACACUGGCAGCGUUCAUGCUUAGUUCGCUAAAUGUCAAAUUGGGAGACUCUCGGGCCUGGAGAUUGCACGCACGGGCUACUUGGGCCAUGAUUGAGCAUUGGAACGCUUGUGCCUCGAAAUCACCUCCCUCGACCGACCAGACCAGAGUAUUUGCACUACGGGAGGUGUAUGCGUUCAAAGCUUGGGAGUCCGUCACUACAUUUAUACCUUUGGAAUCGUUAUAUCGAAAGACCUCUGUGGUUGACGAUGGAGGCCCCUUCAUUAAGUAUGUCAAAACAAUCCUGACGCUAUCUGACUUCGAACGGCGGAGGUUCGAAAACUGUGAGACCAGCAACGUCAUUUCGCUCUCGGAGCUCAGAGUGUGGCUGGACGAAGCACAAAGCUCCAACAGAAGUUACGCAGCCCAAAACUGCCAUUCUGUGGCGGCUCGGGAGUCCUUUGAACACGUCGUAGAGCUUUUCCACCACGCCGGCUUGCUUUACGGUUGCCAGAUAUUACCGGAAGAAGAUGACGCGGACGGUUUUGCUGUGGCAGCACGAGUGAAUCUCUUCAAGUAUCUAGAGCAGAUUGCAGUCACCGAGGUUAUUGCCCAAGACCUGACUUGGCCUAUAUUCAUUGCCGGGACCGAAUGUCAAGGAUGCCCAGAGAAGCAACGUCUUGUUGAAGAAAGAUUGCAGGAGAUCAUGAAAUUGAGUGGAGUUCUCGAGCGACCUAAGUUACUGACAUUUCUGAAACAUCUGUGGGUGCGGCAAGGUGAAACAUAUGGCAGCAGUUGGAUUGACCUGGCUCGAACGUAUGCCGCGAAUGGGGAACCAAUUCUGAUAGUCUGA